UGUGCUAGCCUUCCCGGGAAACGGGAUCCCUUGCUUUCCUUCUGACACCGCUCGACAUGUCUUCCUCCUCCCUUCUUCUGUUACUCUUCUUCUUCUUCCUUCACCUCCCUCUCCUCUUCCUGCCCACCCUCGCCGCUGGCCACGUUGAGUCGCCGGCCUCGCCGUCGAACGGCACCACCGUUUAUGACCUGCUUCCGGAGUAUGGCCUGCCGCCCGGCGUUCUUCCGGACACCGUCAAGUCCUUCUCGCUCGCCAGCAACGGCUGGUUCGUCGUGGAGCUCUACGGCCCCUGCUACGUCGACUUCGAGUACCUGGUCUACUACGCCCCCCGCGUGUCCGGCGUCAUCAAGUACGGCGGCAUCGCGAGUCUCGAGGGCGUCCAGGUCCGCCGCUUCAUGGUCUGGUUCGACGUCGGCGGCAUCAUGGUCGACGUCCCCUCCUCUGAGUUCAUCUACUUCCAGGUCGGAUGGAUCACCCGCAAGCUCGGCAUCGAGCAGUUCCAGACCGUGCACUCCUGCAGGGGCAGUCUCUCGCUGCUCGGCCGCGCCAAGGAGGUCGCCCGUUCCAUGCUCGAGAGCAUUUUUGCACCUCAACUGUGACGAAUUAAUGUGAGAAGACAAAACCAGCUGGCUAAUGCAUGGAAAUUCUAAAGUUGUGCACGUCCAAGAACCCAUGUGAGAUAUAAGCAUGUUGGCCGUGGAAUAGACACCAAAUAUUAGCCGAUAGCACAACCUCUCGAGCAUCCCGCAAUGCUUCUCAUAAGAUAUUGCUGCUGAGCUAAAGAGUGUUGCCUUGUCGUAUCUCCUGUUCGAUUAGCCAAACCAACUUUCUCAAUAGUAACUAUGUUACCGUAUGGUUCAUCACUGUAUAUUUGCAUCAGAUUUCUGUUGUUGUUCCCUCGUUGAUAAUGGUGAGGUGUAGCAUCUUUUCAUGUGUAAUAAUCAGUAAAAUAUUGUUAUUUUC